AUGUCCUUAAACCGCAUCUCCUUCCUUGAAGGAUGGGAGCGCAACCCCGCAGCCUUUUUCAGCCACCCCGAAUCAGAGGAUUCGGAGCCGGACUCCUACCAAGAUCUGCCCGAAGGAUCCAUAUCAUCUUCAUUUCCCUCCACAUACAGCAGACUGAAUUUCAACCCGUAUGCGGGGCCAGGCUGGAAUGAAAACCCAGAGGAUCCACAUGACAAUCAAUCCUCGUUUUUCGGGUCCUCGUUUCUAGGUCUCUCACCGACGACCACCCGCGAAGGAGGUCCGGGUUCGGGUCCAGCACAGGGACUGGGAUCUGCGGAGCGGACUGUGCACGAGGAUCCAGGGACAGCCGUUGCUCGGACUCCUUGGGCGGAUACCACUGGUGCUUAUGAAGUAAGCGCUGCUAGGAGGAUUGCCCAGGUUUGCACAGCAGUUGUAUACUGCUUUCUGGCUGCUGGAGUCGUUUUCGGCUUCGCAGCUCUCAAGCCCGUCCUUAUUCGAGAGAAAGUGUAUCGCAACCUCUGCUCCCAGGCGGAGCUAGAGGAAAAUGUCGAUGUCUGCUAUAGGCAAGAGAUUCGGCUGAACUUGAUGUUCACUAUCGCCGCUGUAGUAACUAAUGUCUCAGCCCUACCCGUAGGAACCAUCCUAGACGCGUAUGGACCACGAAUGAGUGGAAUCAUUGGCAGUAUCUGUCUCGCCAUAGGCGCAGUGCUCUUCGGGACAGCUAGCAAGCUUCCAUUCGAUGGAUACAUCCCAGGUUACUUAUUCCUAGCACUGGGUGGACCAUUCGUAUUCAUUCCGUCCUUCCAUCUGUCAAAUACCUUCCCCACACGAUCGGGCCUGAUCCUAUCAAUGCUGACAGGCGCCUUCGAUGCCUCGAGUGCUUUGUUCCUGCUUUUCAGGCUGUUAAGCGAACAUACGCAUGGCCUGGUAUCAAUCCACAAUUUCUUCGUGGUAUAUCUCAUCGUACCGGUAUUCAUCAUUGCAGCACAGAUCUUCAUAAUGCCCCCAACUUCCUACAAAACCGCCGGCGAGCUCGUGCAACACGCCGCGGAGCAGGUCUCGGACGAGAUGCACGAUCGCAUAGACGACACCGUCAACGACCGCAGCGAGAGCGAGCGCAAGCGCAUGAACAGACGACUCCGUCGUCAAAGUAUAGUCAGCCACAUCCAGGGUCUACUAGAGGACGGCACGUCAUCCGUGAUGACAGGCACCACGAUCAACGGCGCCGUCUUCCACACCAACAUCGACACCUCGCUCGAUGUGAAUACCCCAACCAGGGGAACCAACGGCACUACAACACCGCACUCCCACACGCACCACCAACAACAACAACAACAACAACAAAAACCAACCAGCCCGGACCCCACCCCGGGAGGAAUCUGGGGCGUUCUCCACGGCCACAGCGCACUGUACCAACUCCGCACACCAUGGUUCGCUCUAAUAACAGCCUUCACUGUCCUAAUGAUGCUACGAAUAAACUACUUCGUCGCAACAUUGCGAUUACAAUACACCUACCUACUCUCGGCAGCCGAAGCCGCCCAAAUAAACACAACAUUCGACAUCCUCCUACCGGUCGGCGGACUCAUUUCCGUGCCGUUCAUCGGCACGUUCCUCGACACAUUCCAUACGCGCACUGUGUUAUUCAUCCUCGUGGCGUUGGCGACUACCAUCGGCGUGCUGGGUUGUAUACCACAUCCGAGCGCGGCAUAUGGGAAUAUCAUUCUAUUCGUGGUAUACCGACCAUUCUAUUACACUGCGGUAUCGGACUACGCGGCUAAGGUGUUUGGAUUUGCGACGUUUGGGAAGGUUUUGGAGGGGGAUCCUGUUCCUGUUAAUGUCGGGCUUACGGUUCUUGUUGCUGUGGUUGGCGGUGGGCUUGUUGGGUUUGUUGCUUAUCAGACGGGUGUUUUGGAUAAGAGGAGGGAUGGUGUAGAUCACGGCCAAGUUGUCAGGGAGAGGGAGCCGUUGUUGGGGAAUGAAGAAUCACGGAGAGGGUAUGGGGCUUAA